AUGGAGGUGAACAAGAAGCAUGGAAUAAGGAGGGACAUUGAUGUUUGCCAACUCAGUCUGGUCAAAAAAAAACUCACCAGUGUCCCUGACUUAUCAAGAUUUCACUUUCUGAGGAAGCUGUGGCUGAACAACAACAAGAUCAGAGAGCUCAGCUGUCGUUCCCUCAACUGCUGCCUGACAGAACUCCACCUUGAAAAUAAUAGCAUCAAGUCUGUUUCAGGUGCUCUCAAUCAUCUGACCUGCCUUCGACUUCUGUUUCUCCACAACAACCAGAUCAGAGGGCUGGAACACACGAUGCAUGAGCUCAGAAGGAUGCAGCGACUCCACUCUCAUGAACCUGGGUUCCACCACCAUGUCAUUCACUGCUUGCCUUCAAUCCAGGUCUUAGAUAGAAAAGAAGUGAAGCCAGCAGAGAGGAGAAGGUCCUUCCAGAUCUACAACCAGGACUGUCAUCGUGUUCUGCAGUCUGUGGCCUUUGGCAGACGGGUAUCAUAGUAGACAAGGGCAGAGA